CCUCAGCUCAUCUGCAAAUGGGAUGAGCGCUGCUUAACCGGGUUUAGUGUGACGUAGAGGAACUUGAUGCUACAGUCACACAGAUCUUCAGCCGGCCACACCCUUUUGAAGGUAAGGGAAGCAUCUUUGUAACAACCUCGAAGCCCCCCAAAAGGUCUAUUUGGGUGAAUUUAGGUGAAAUUCUAGAGGCAUAGGCCUCUAGUUUCCAACACUAUGGACGUUUUUGAAUUGUGGAUGAUCAGAAUGGGUAUGAAGAGGGAAAUGUGGAUCUGCUUAAUGAGGGAUUACUGAACUAAGCUUCUGGACUGCAAAACUUUCUGUUUAAGGUCUUCGGUAUUUCGACAAAGCUAAGAAAACAAAACAACAAAUCAUAAAAUAACAGGACAUUGCAUCACCUAAAACAUAUUGAAAGAAUAAAAACAUGGCAUUGAUGCCUGUAAAAUUUGACUUGGCCAAGCGAGUUAAGCUGGCCCAGGGACUGUGGCUCUUGUACUGGCUUUGUGUUAUGGCCGGGAUCCUCGUCUUUAGCAUGGGCAUCUUCUUUAAGAUUGAGCUACGCAAGAGAAGCGAGAUGAUGGAUAACAACGAGAGCCAUUUUGUGCCCAACCUGCUUAUCCUGGUGGGACUGGCGGCCUGUGGUAUCAAUGCUUUUGGGGGCAAAGUGUGCCACGACUCCCUUGACACAGCCAAGUUUACCAAGUGGAAACCCAUGUUGAAGUCCUACAUGGUUGGAUGUGUGGUUUUCUCCAUCGCCCUCUUCGUCACGGCCCUGCUGUGUUUUCUGAUGCAGAUCUCUCUGCACUUUGCUCUGACCGACGGCCUGAAGAACGGAAUGAAGUACUACAAAGAUACGGACACGCCGGGACGAUGCUUCAUGAAGAGAACCCUGGACAUGACCCAGAUCGAGUUUCGCUGCUGUGGAAACAACAACUACAAGGACUGGUUUGAGAUCCAGUGGAUUAGCAACCGCUACCUGGACUUUGGCAAUGAGGACGUUAAAGCUCGUAUCCAAAGCAAUGUGGAAGGCAAGUAUCUGAUGGAAAGCGUCCCAUUCAGCUGCUGCAAUCCUGGGUCUCCUCGCCCCUGCAUCCAACAUCACCUGACCAACAACUCAGCUCACUACAGCUAUGACCACCACACUGAGGAUCUGAACAUCUGGACCAGAGGAUGCCGUGAAGCGCUGGUGUCCUACUACGGGGGCAUGAUGAACAGUAUCGGUGCUUUCGUACUGCUGUUCAUUAUCAUGCAGGGAUCUGCGACUGUUGGACUCCAGUAUCUGACCAGCUCCCUGGAAACCCUGACAGAUCCAGAGAAUCCAGAGAGCGAAAGCGAGGGCUGGCUUUUAGAGAAGAGCGUGACUGAGACGCUUUCUAGCAUCAUGGCAAAGAUCAAGACGCUGGGUAAAGGAAGCCAAGUACAGGAGGGAGAUGCACAACCCACUGCAGCAAGCUGAGAAAGCCCCGCCCAUCCCCACCCAUUGGGACUGAGGCAUACAUAUUUUGAGGGAAGGAAAGCAUGAAAGAUGUAAAUAAGAAUAAGGAUAUACACACUCUACAUCCAAAAAUUUUCAAUUGUGAAAAAAUGUUCACACUACCAUGUAAAUAUAAAGCUUAUUUUUUAUCUUAUAUUUUAAGAAAAUAUAUCUGUAAACAUGUGAAAUGUUAGUCAAUUUUAGCAAUAUCUGAUAAUACGGCCAACAGUGACCUGUUGCAUGAAGUGGCGGAACAAACUCAACAAAGUUUUAGGUUGAAAAUCCAACUCAGGUUAAUUUACAGUUAAAUUGUUUUUUUUUAAAGAUUAUGCAAUCACGAAAAUUACCUUUCAUGCAGUGUGUCAUGUGGUUGUAAGUGAAUGUAAACAGUCUGAAAAUCUGCAAAGCUGAAAGUGAACGUAACUCAAGUUAUUGGCUUUGAAAAGAAAGAGUCGACUCAGAGUUGCUGGAACGAGUUGUCCAGAGUUUCGAAUCUCUUACCGUAAAGUUGCUACGUCACAUCUUGCAAUACCCGCCUAUGUUCUACGUAGUCUAUACCAUGAAUACACGAAACCCUGUCAUGUCGAGAAGACACUAUGCUCUCUCUCUCUUUCUCUUUCUCUUUGCGCUGUGAAAGCGAAUUUGGGGUUAAUUAAAGUGGGUUAAUGCCUAAUUUAUUUGGACCAGAUUGCUUCUCUGAAUCAUAACCUGUAAGAACAAUUAAUAAUUGUUGCUUUUAGGUUCUGUUGAGCGUGCUAAAUAUGAAGUUGUGUUUUGUGCACUCAAACUAACCGUCUAACUCAGCCUCAAGCUAAGCGGCUAACUAACGUUUAUAGCUCUGCUAAUCUGCUAUCAGCCCGCUAUUGCCUACAAACGUAUUGAUUAAUAUAGAAUGUCUGGCAUUUUUAUUACUUGGAGUCACAAAGAAAGAUACGUUGGUUUACAAACUGCAGUGCUUCAUCAGUAGGCCUACUCUGUUUCUGUUCGGCUAACGCAUAUAACGUUAUUGUUUGGGUGUUUACUACCAAGCCCUGGGCCUGUUUUGCUAACUUAAGCAAUUUUUUCCUUUUGAGGUUUGGUAAUGCAACACAUUC